AUGGUUUUUAAGCCGUUUACCCACCUCGCGCGACAGAACUUUGCCAAAGCCUUUACCCAUGGCUACGCUCAGUCGGUAGUUGCUGCAUCGCAGACGUUACCCUCGUCGUCGACCACACUUAACCCGCUAGCCACCAACUCGCUUAAAUUCCACCGCACAUCCCAACUCCAGAGUACCUUCCAGAACGCUUCGAGUUCAUCCGGUUCCGGUGCCAAAGCCGGCCAUGCCAGUUCAAAUGGCGGAGAUUCGGGUUUAGCCGCAUACUAUGCUGCCUGGCAGCAUGCUCAGCAAACAGGCGACGAUAGCGAUUGGAGACAGUUUCAGUUCAAAAGACGGAUAGGCUGGAAGCCAAAGGAUGAUGUCGCAGAUCAGAUUCAGGACCUCCCGGAGGACAAGCCGCCUCGAGACUUGAAAAAGGCCGCCGUCAACGUCGAUGUGAGCGCCAAAGUCGAAGAAGCUGUUGCUCGUGAAAUUCAGAUUCAGGAGGAAAAUGCCGAAGCCGAGGAUGACGCGGCAACGGUCGUUGGCGCCGAUGAGAAUGCUGUUGACUCAACCGCUCAUGAACUGACGAUUGAUGUCAACGCGGAGAAAUCUAUUGUGGCGUCUGGUCGAGUCGUUCAAUUAGCAGUUGAGGAGAAAUAUGCAGAAAUCCCAGCUGCUUUUGAAGCAAUCCUGCGAGACGGUGUUACCCCCAGCGUUGAAGCAUACAACUCGUUGCUUCAAGCUGCCAUCAAGUUGCACACCGAUUCUUAUCAUGCUGUUCCGAAGGCACUUGACGUUUACUCGGACAUGCUGCGCCGUCGUGUCAUUCCCAACCAAGAAACGUACAAGACUCUUAUUGCAGUGCUAGUCUCACGCGCCGUUGAGGUUUCUGUAUCAGGAGCCGCUCUUGAGAAACAGCGCAUUCGUUUUGGCGGAUUGGAGGAGCCCGGCAAAUUCCUGUUCCGUUCCAGUGAAAUCGAAAAGGAACUUGUCUCGGAAGAUCACUCGCUUACUAUCGCUCUCAAGCUCUUCGAUGCUGCAACCAGCCGACACAACGAAAUGGUCUUUCCUUUGGAAGUCUACAAGUCUUUGAUCAUCACUUGUGCCGAAGAAGGCCGCGUCGAAGACAUGAUCAGGAUCUACGCUCACAUGGAGACCCAGAAGCUGGUUCCUCAUGCAGCCAUCUUCCCCUCCAUGAUCCGCGCAUUCGCCAAGAUUGGCGAUCUGAAGAGUGCAGUCGAAUGUUAUAACGAAUACCGCGAACUUGCAAUGGCAGAUGACAACGGUGUAUUCAGCAUCGUGGAGCGUCGCGAUGGUCAGGUUUAUGCUGCUCUAGUCGGUGCUUACUUUUCCUGUGGAAAGAGCGACGGCGGCAUGCGCUUCUUUGAACGUAUUCGCUCGUCCUACGACAACGUUCAGGAAGACAAGGCGUCUCGGUUGGCAGCUGUCGAAUCGAUCAUCAUUCGCGAUGCUUUCGUUCAGUCUUCAAUUGAUGCCGGCAACUUUGAGGAGGCUGUGAAACACGCAACAAGCAAACUUCAAAACGCUGCUUUGCAGCAAGCUAUGGCCAAGAUCUGCGUGGCUGCUGCUGAUGCAGGAAGCACCGCAGUGGCUGUUGAGUCGUAUGACCGACUUACUGCAGAAUCCGCGGAUGCUAUUGGCUCGGCGGUGCCCAUGCUUGCGUUGCAUGUUCGAGAAGGUAACGUGCUAGCUGCACGUACUUUCUGGGGCAUCUUGAGCAACCUCGAUCAGACAACUUCAGAUUUCAUUCAACCUACUACUAUGUACGCCGUCGCUCUUGUCAAGAGCGGUCACAUCGAGGAGGGAUUGAUGGAAGCUCGCAAGAUGUUUGCCCGUAUUCGUAAGGACACUGCUACUCAGCAAUUGGUUCAACUGCCUAUUCGGGAAGAGAUCGACGAAGCCAUUGAGCUUCUUGGUCGUAUCCUCAUGGUGGAGUCGGGCAUGGUCAUUUCAUCUCCUGCUGCCAUGACCCUCAUCCGAUCCAUGGUUGAGAAUGGAGGCUUGGUCUCUCCUAUUGCCGAGCAUGCCAUCUCCAGCUUAGGUCCCAUGGGUAUUUCACAACUCAGUGUUGAUGACUUGACUCUUGCUAUUCAAGUUCAAGCUGGUAUGAUCAUCAACAACGAGUUGUCGUUCAACGCUCCUCACCUUGUUCGCUUCACUCACAUGGUCGAUGUUGCUCUCUCUACCGGUGUUGCUCUGGAUGUUUUCACCUCACGUUUGGUCGACCAGGCUAUUCUCAAGUUGUCUGAUAGCCGGCCUGAUCUGGUGAGAAGAUGGCAAGAUCAGUUUGUUCCAGUUGCCAGACAGCAGUCCUCCGUUGGAUCUAGUCGGUACACUCCUGUCUCAGAAACCUCCUCGCAGGUCAACCCCUCAACCCCCGGCUCUGAAGACAGCUAUGAUCCUUACGCCUACUCGACAGACUACCGUGGCUCUACAAUCAUCUCAGAUGAAUUGGAAGCAACCUCUAAGCGCAUCGAAUCUCACCUCAACGAAGCCAUGACCAAGUUGCGUAACAUCCGUCGUCUCGGCCGCCAUCCUCGCUACAUUACCUACGCUAAGCUCAUCAAUGCUGCUGCCAAAUGUGGUCGUAUGAAUCUUGCUAACGACAUUCUUGCAAUGGCCCGACACGAUGUUCCUCUCCUUCCUCAGUACAGCGCUGUCCGAUACGGCUGGAGCUCGAUUCUUGAUGCCAUGGUUUCUGCUUGUCUGACAGUAGGCGAGCGCGAUUUGGCUGCUCAGUUUCAUCAGGAGUUGUUGCAAAUCGGAUCCGCUCCAUCUGCAAACACUUUCGGUCUAUACAUCACCACGUUGAAGGAGUCGACCAAGACAUUUGAUGAGGCCACCGAAGCUGUCAAGAUCUUUCACCGGGCUAUUGCAGAGGGUGUCGAGCCGACUUCGUUCUUGUACAAUGCGCUUAUUGGCAAGCUUGGCAAGGCUCGUCGUAUUGAUGACUGUCUUCUUUAUUUUGCAGAGAUGCGCUCCAACGGCGUCCGACCCACCAGCGUCACCUAUGGUACCAUUGUCAAUGCUCUUUGUCGAGUCAGUGACGAGCGGUUUGCCGAGGAAAUGUUUGACGAAAUGGAGUCGAUGCCAAACUACAAGCCUCGUCCAGCUCCCUACAACUCCAUGAUUCAGUACUUCCUCAACACAAAACGUGACCGCAGCAAGAUUCUCGCUUACUAUGAACGGAUGCGCUCCCGCAACAUUGCUCCUACUAUGCAUACUUACAAACUCCUCAUCGAUGCUCACGCCUCAUUGGAGCCUGUCAACAUGGAAGCCGCUGAAAAGGUGCUUGAGUCUAUCAAGGCAUCUGGUCAACGACCAGAAGCGGUGCACUAUGCUUCUCUGAUCCAUGCCAAGGGCUGCGUCCUCCACGACAUGACUGGUGCCCGUGCUCUUUUUGACAGCGUCGUUUCCAGCAGGGAUAUUCGUAUGCAGCCAUGCUUGUACCAAGCUCUCUUCGAAGCUAUGGUCGCCAACGGCCAGGUCUCAUCCACCAGUGAUCUAGUUAGCAGCAUGGGACGUCACGGUAUCGAGAUGACACCCUAUAUCGCCAACACUUUGAUUCAAGGAUGGGCUGCUGAGGGCAACAUCUCCAAAGCGUAUGAAAUCUACAACAGCGUCGGCAUCGAGAAACGCGAACCUAGUACCUACGAAGCAAUGACACGUGCUUUCAUUGCAGCUGAGCAGCGCCCCAGUGCCGCGGGCGUUGUCCAAGAGAUGCUUUCUCGAGGAUAUCCCGCCGCUGUCGCCGGCAAGAUUGUCGACAUGGUUGGAAGUAGCAGUAUUGCUACCCCAAUCGCCACCUUUUAA